AUGUCGACCCAACAAGGAGGAGGAGACUCCAAGCUGUUCGCGAGGGGCAAAGUAGCUGAGCUACGCCUCGAGCUGAACAGCGGCAGCAAGAAGGACAAGAACUUUACCCAAAAGAAGAUUGCCCUCAAGAAGAUUGUCGCCAACAUGACCAUGAGCAACAAUGACAUGGUUGGCUUGUUCCCGGAUAUUGUUGCCUGCAUGGCCAUUCAGUCCCUGGAAAUCAAGAAGAUGUGUUUCUUGUACUUGGUCAACUAUGCGAGGAUGAGGCCAGACAUUGCGGUAAAAGCAAUUCCGGUCCUCGAACAUGACAUGGAAGACCCAAACCCCCUUGUUCGCGCCCUCGCCCUACGCACCAUGUCUUAUAUCCACGUGCGAGAGUUUGUCGAGGCUACCGUACCACUAGUCAAGCACCUUCUCCGCGAUAUCGACCCCUACGUUCGCAAGACGGCCGCUUUCUGCGUGGCCAAGCUCUACGAUCAUGAUAGACACAUGGUUGAGGCCUCAGACCUUAUCGACAGACUCAACAACCUUCUGAGGGAUGACAAUCCGACAGUGGUGGCCAGCGCUCUGGCGAGCUUGAUGGAUAUCUGGGAGAGAAGUGAUGCUAUCAAACUCACUAUCGACUACAGCAAUGCCUCCAAGAUGGUUGCCAUUCUGGCCGACUGCUCUGAGUGGGGCCAAACCUACAUCCUCGAAGCCCUCAUGUCCUACGUCCCCCAAGAAUCCGGCGAAGCCCUUCUCCUCGCCGAGCGCAUUGCCCCACGCCUCUCACACUCCAACUCCUCGGUAGUCCUCACCUGUAUCCGCGUAAUCCUCUACCUCAUGAACUACAUCUCCGACCAAAAGCAAAUCUCCGCCCUCUGCCGGAAGCUCUCCCCACCACUGGUCACCCUCCUCGCCAAGGGCCCCGAAGUUCAAUACCUUGCCCUGCGCAACGCCCUCCUCAUCCUCCAACGCCGCCCCGAAGUCCUCCGCAACGACAUCCGCGUCUUCUUUUGCAAGUACAACGAUCCCAUCUACGUCAAGGUGACCAAACUCGAGCUCAUCUUCAUGCUCGCCAACGAGAAGAACAUCGACGAAGUCUUGACGGAACUCCGCGAGUACGCCACGGAAAUCGACGUUCACUUCGUCCGCAAGGCUGUCCGCGCCAUCGGCAAGCUGGCCAUUAAGAUUGAGCCAGCGGCCAAGCGGUGCAUCAACCUGCUGCUCGAACUGGUGUCGACUAAGGUCACCUACAUCGUGCAAGAAGCGACGGUAGUAAUCCGCAACAUCUUCCGCAAGUAUCCUAACCAGUACGAGUCUAUCAUCGGCACCCUCUGCGAGCACCUGGACUCCCUCGACGAACCAGAAGCCAAAGCAGCCAUGGUAUGGGUCAUCGGCCAAUACGCCUCGCGCAUCGAGAACUCGGACGCCCUCCUCGAAGACUUUUUGUAUUCCUUCGCUGAAGAGCCCGUCGAAGUCCAGCUCGCCCUGCUCACAGCAACCGUCAAGCUCUUCAUCCAACGUCCCACCAAGGGCCAGGACCUCGUCCCCCGCGUGCUCAAAUGGGCCACCGAAGAAACCGACAAUCCUGACCUCCGCGAUAGAGCGUACAUGUACUGGCGCCUCCUCUCGACAGACAUGGAAUCAGCCAAGCGCAUCGUCAUGGGCGAGAAACCCGCCAUCACCGCCGAAUCCGAGCGUCUCGACCCCGUCACCCUCGAAGAGAUGUGUCUCAACGUCGGCACCCUAGCAACAGUCUACCUCAAACCGGUGCAAACCGUCUUCCGCAACGCCCGCCCCCGCAAACUCCAAGACUCACCUUGCCUCCAACGCCCCGACUACCCCGAAUACGCAGCAGCCCAACUCCCCAACCCCAAAUCCCUCUCCCAAUUCGGACAAGGUCACCAACCCUCCGAUUUCGACCCGCGCGUCCCUGGGUCCCGACCUGCCCCUCCUUCUUCUAACACUCAGAGUCAAGGAGGAGGGAACCUAGCCCAAGCAGUCCACGACGCAGACGCUUACUUCACGCAGCAAGCUAGCCAGCAAGCAGCGGUCAACGACGCGGAUGCGUAUUUUGCGCAGCAGAUGAGGCAGAUGCAGAUACAGCAGCCUGGCGACAGUUUCGGGGGGGAUGCGGGACACGGGUAUGGGCAGGGGUAUGUGGUUAGUCAGAGCUCGGCGUAUCAGCCGGGGAUGGGGGGGAUGAAUGGGGCUCAGGGGGAUUUGUUGCUGUGA